CUCAGAAUGGCUACAAGAACCUUGGCAGUGUGGCUGCUGCUUGUGGCGGCAGAAUGGCCGCAGGGCUGCUGUCAGCACUGGUCAUAUGGACUGAGCCCGGGAGGGAAGAGGGAUCUGGACAGCCUUUCAGACACACUGGCCAAUCUAGUUGAUGAAUUUCCACACGUGGACACACCCUGCAGUGUUUUGGCUUGUGCAGAGGAAUUACCCUUCGUCAAGAUGUACAGAGCCAAAGGAUUUCUUGGCAGUGUCGCAGACAGGGAAAAUGGACACAGAACAUAUAAGAAAUGA